AUGGCCUUUCAAGCUCAGUGGGUCCGCGUCCGCGAGGUUGGCAUUCGCCAGUGUUUGGCCGAAUUCCUGGCUGAGGUUGACUGCCGACGCGGCACUGGCUGGCCCGAUUUCGGCCGGCCGCGUAGUUGCCUGCUCCGGCUGCGUGUGAUUAUCCGCCGCCUUUGCGCGGCAGCGGCAGUGUACGGUGGCGGCGUCCCCGACCACCUGUCGGAUGUCGUGUUCGACGACAGCCGCAGUGGCGAGCUCGUCGACCUGGGACGCGGCAGCUGCGGCAUCGUCGAGGUUGAGGUUGACGCCGAGGGAGGGCUCCGCCAAGACAGGAUGCUCCAGUUGCUCGGGCCGCUGCUCUGGCCGCGGCGGCGCGUGGGCGCCGGGCUGCGGAGCAUCUUCAAUUUCUACGCCGGGACGUGGGUCCUUGGGAGACAGAUGGUGAACGCCUUGGAUACGGUUCAGCUCCGACACGUCGCCGCGAUCAGCAAGACGAGCCCGGCGGGCCCGAGCAGCUCGACCUCGCAUCGGCAGACGGUGGGGACGCGGCCGCCCGGCGACGGGCUCGGCACGCGGCCGCCCGGCGCCGCCCCUGCCGCGGCGGCGCGGGCGCCGCAGGUGGUGCGGCCGCGCGAGAGGAGCGCGGCCAGCGGCCCCGCGAUGUUGCCGCCGGACAAGGUGGCGGCCUUCGCGGCCUUCGCGGCGGCGAUCCAGCCCGCCGUCGUUGCCCCGCCGAUGCGCGCGCAGCCCGCCGUGGUCGCCCCGCGCGAGAGGCCCGCGACGGCGGCCCUGACGGAGGUCGGGGUGGCGGAGUGCAGCCUGGGGCACCCCAUGGUGCACGCGGCGCGCCCGGGCGGCAUGUGCGAUCUCUGUGGGGCGAUGGGCGCGCCGCCCCCGCGCCGCGAGCGGGGGGGGCAGCGGGCGAGGCCAUCGGGGGGGGAGGAGGGCCCAGGCCUUCCCGCUCGGUGACGCUAAUUCGGCGCGGGGGUCCCCGCCGGUGCAGCUUGCAGUCGCCCGUGGGAGUCCAGACUCGGUGAGUCCAGGCAUGGGCGGCUGGAGUCUGUGAGUCUUUGUGUGAGCGAGUCUGGAGUCUGAGUGCGG